AUGGUAUCCUCUGAAAAUGGAAUAAUACUUGCCAUUGGUGGUUUAAGUUUGUCUGGUGAUGAUGUUAAUGAUAAAAAUCUUGUAGACGAGCUUGAUCUUAAGUCAGAAUCAAAACGAUGGGUUUCUACAAGGCCAUUGAACCAACCACGACAAACGUUUGCUGUUUGUACUUACAAGCAAAACAUAUAUGUUGUUGGAGGCAAAGAUCUAACAUCUAACCGUUUUUUGUAUUCUGUAGAAUACUAUAAUACAAAUUCAAAAGUAUGGACCAAAAUUACUGAACCAAUGCCCACGGCGCGAGAAUCCUGCAGUGCUACAAUAUUUAACAAUAAAUUAUAUGUUUUUGGUGGAUGUAAUGAUCGUGGUCCUCUUGCAACUGUAGAGUACUAUGAUUUUGAAAAAAAACACUGGAAACAACUAGAUCCUAUGCCGAUUCGUAAUUAUAACAUGAUUAUAUUAAGAAAAGAAAACGUCAUUUAUCUAAUUGGUGGUGAUGAAGAAUUUCGAUUUUUUAAAUUCGAUUUGCAAUAUUUUAAAUGGGAUGAAAUGCCUAACAUGAACAAAGAAUGUGAAAGUUAUUACUCAAGUAUUGUUAUCAUGAGAAACGACUUCUUCGAGUUUAAAAAUAUUGGAGGAGAACUUACUUGUGAAAAAUAUGACAGAGUAAUAAAUCAGUGGCAGUUGGUUGACAAGGCAGGAGACUUAAUAUCCCAAACAGAGAAUAUCAUUACUUUCAAUGAUAUUACUCUUAAAUCCUAUGGUAUUCAAUUAUAAUACUUUUUUUUUUAAAUACCUUUUUGUGAAUUCAAUUUAGUCUUAAAAUUAUUUACACAUUUUGUUGUUGAUGAUUUAUUUAUAUUUGUUAAUACUUUUGGAUAACUUCUGUGUGAAAGAUAUGACACAAAGCAACCAUGACAUCUGGGUCAGGGCAGAAGAGACAUCAAAUGUUUUUGUUAUAAUAUUUCUUUUAGUGUUGUUACUCUGAAAUCAUACUAUGUUAUUCACUUAUAAUAUUACUUUUUAUUUAAUUAAAUCAUGUGAGUAAAAAUUAGUUUUAAAAUUAUUUAUUUUUUUGGCCUUUACUUUCGA